AAAUAACUUCAAAUAGACUAAGGAAAACUUCAGGGUAGUUGCCUGAUAUAUUUAUUAAAGGAAAAUUCAACAUCAUUCUUAGCAUUACAUUAAUAGUGUUGUUAGGAGCCGUGGGGUCCUGAUGGUGCAUUUGAUCCCUGAAGUGGACACAAUAGAGUCCUGGGUGUCCAUUUUGGUGACGAGUCGAUUACUAAUCUUACACUUGGCCCCACUGACCAAGCACUGAUUUCAUGGGAUGCUGGCUGAGGAGAGGGUUUCUUCUUGAGCUUCCUGGAAGGAGUCCACAGCUCUUUGAUCCUAUACAUGUGACCUGAAGGUGUUCUGUGUAAAACUCUGGCCAGUAUAAAGAGCAUGGCUUUGCAUUUUACAAAGAGAGUCCAGGAUUAGAAAGAGGCUCAGUGGCUCCCUAAGAACUCUGCUUUCUCACCUGAGGUGCCCCAGAGGCUCAGAUAUAACAAAAGAUAAUUUCUCUGUCCCCCAACACAAGUCACACUCAUUCCUCCCACUACAGCCUCAAGUGUAAGAACAGUAGACUUGAAAUAAUGUAAGAACAGUAGACUUGAAAUAAUUAUCCCAAAGUUGCCUAUACUUGACUCACUUUUCUUUUUUGGUCUUUAAAUCCCAAACACAGACAGUCUGCAGUUUGGAAAGCUUUACUGUAUAACUGAAAGGAGUGGUCACCUCAAAUGUCCAUUCAGUGGGGCUCCAUGAAGAAACAGACCAUGCCCCACAGAGAGAGCCCUUUUAAACAAAGUCUGCCCAGAGACAGAUGACAAACUUCAGCUCCCAUGCUGAUUGGUUCCUCACUUGGGACCAACCCCAACCUCUGGGGUUUCAGAUCACUUAGGCUACAGAACUUUGCUUUCUGAAGGGGACACAGCAGGUGUGAGCCCUGGUGACUGCCAUUCCCUGUCUUAGAGAUGGCUCUGCAGACCCCCAGCCUCCUCCUCUCAGCAGCUGUGGUGGUGCUGAUGAUGCUGAGCUGCCCAGGGACUGAGGGCGGAGACUCCCCAAGGGAUUUCGUGUACCAGUUCAAGUCCUACUGCUACUUCACCAACGGGACGCAGCGUAUACGGUACGUGACCAGAUACAUCCACAACCAGGAGGAGUUCGUGCGCUAUGACAGCGACGUGGGCGAGUUCCGCGCGGUGACCGAGCUGGGGCAGUGGCCUGCCGAGGACUGGAACAGCCAGAAGGAGAUCCUGGAGGAGAAGCGGUCCCGGGUGGACACCGUGUGCAGACAGCACUACGAGGGGCCAGAGUCCCGCACCUCCCUGCGGCGGCUCGAGCAGCCCAAGGUCGCCAUCUCCCUGUCCAGGAUGGAGGCCCUCAACCACCACAACUUGCUGAUCUGCUCGGUGACAGAUUUCUACCCAGCCCAGAUCAAAGUGCGCUGGUUCCGGAAUGGCCAGGAGGAGACUGUGGGGGUCGCAUCCACACAGCUUAUUAAAAAUGGUGACUGGACCUACCAGGUCCUGGUGAUGCUGGAGAUGACUCCCCAGUGGGGAGAGGUCUAUACCUGCCACGUGGAGCACCCCAGCCUGCAGAGCCCCGUUACAGUGGAGUGGCGGGCACAGUCUGAGUCUGCCCAGAUCAAGAUGCUGAGUGGUAUCGGAGGCUGCAUGCUUGGGGUGAUCUUCCUCGGGCUCGGCCUUUUUGUCUAUCACAGGAAUCAGAAAGGUGAGGACCUCUGGGAACCUGGAGGUGGUGGGCUGGGCUGCAGGAAGGAGCUGGGCUGUGGGUGGGAGGGCACAGAGGUCCCAGGGGAGACACUGGGAUCUGGUUUUGCUGAUUGGGUGACUGCCACAGACCCAUGGUGGACCUCAUCCUGUGGCUCCUGUCCCUGUCAUCCACUCUCACUGACUUGUCCCCAGAAGCUUCCACCAAUGAGAAUACAUGGGCCUUGCUUUCCCUCCUAUUGUGACAGUUUCAUCCAUUUGUGUGCAGUGCUCAGGGUCUUCGUGAAUACAGACAGUGAGAGAACAGCUCCAGCUAAUCUGAGGACCCAUCGCCCCUCAGGCUGUGUGAGAAAGUCCCUGUGUUCAUAGCAACACCUUUCUCUGUGUGACUUCUUUUUGUAGGACCUUGGGGGCCUCCUCCAGCAGGACUUUACCACCAUCACUUGAGUGGUGUCUUGAGUGGACCCUGAGCCAUGGGUGUAGACACCAAGAUGUUGCCUGCUCUGUGCCCCACAUGGAGACUGUGACCGUGGACAGUGACAGUGUCAGGGAGAGGCUGACAGUCCUGCAGAGUACACGGAUCCCUCCAACCUACCCAAAGAUCGGAUCCUCCAUAUUCCCUGGGAGGGUGGUGGCUUCUCUUCCCCUUCCCACACGUUUGUGUCUUGUGAGGCUCUGUGUCCCCCCUCCCCCCUUUAGCUGCUUUCUCCUUUGCACAGGCAAUGGGGAGGUGGCAUGGCCGGGACACCAGCUGUCUGUGUCUAGAGAGUUAGAUUGAGAUUCAGAAGAUUCAGGCAUCUCCAGGGAACUCCAGUGACUGAUCCCUCUCUUCCUUCUGUGACUCAUCUCUCUCUCCCACAGGACUUCUACAGUGACUCAGAGCGUUUUGAAUGAGUUGACUGUCUCACACUGUAAGGCCUGCAGGUGCCUGCUCCAAAUUCCAUGUGUAUCAGCCUGCCGCUCUUGGAUUCAGAGUCUAGCAUGGUGCCAGUGUACCCAGCUCAGCUCUUGUGAUCCCCAAGGUCCCAAGUCUUUGUUGGCAGCUCUGCCCUGGACUGAUUCCAGAGACACCAUCCAUUUACUGUAACACUCCAGGCUUUCUGCCUCCGCUGUCCCACACAGGGUGCUAAAGAGAUGUAUUGAAACCAUUCACCUCAUUUUCAUAAUUAAACAUUCUCUGAGUUAUUUGUA